AUGGCUGUCAAGAAUCAUAGCGGGCCAAGUCCUCUGAAAGUUGCCAUCAUUGGUGGCGGGCCCGGAGGGUUGGGUGCCGCGAUUGAGUUCGGAAAGUUGAACUAUGUUGACUGGUCUCUUUACGAAAAGAAGACGCAAAUCAGUGAAACUGGCGGCGGUAUUAGCCUACAAAGACAUACCUGGAGGCUCUUGGAGUUGAACGGGGCAGCCAGAAACAUUGAUCCUUUGGAUUUCUUCAGAUCUCCUGAUGGAACCAGCGGACAGUCAAGGAACGGAAGAACCGGAAAGCUUCUGGAACAACACCACCAUCCCAAAGAUACUCCGCCGCAGCAAUUUGUGAGAUCCUACGCUUUUCCUGAGCACAAGAUUAAGUACAAUGGCCAAUCUGCCUAUCGGACCAUCAUUCACAAGCCUACAGCCGAGAAGAUCGAGGGUAUCCCAAAGUCUCCCGUUUUCUGGCAGAACACUGGUGGAAAGUACGUGUUUACGUGUCCUCUUGGCGGAGAUGACUUCGAGGUCACUGCACGCAUCCGCCGGCCGAUUGAAGGUCAGGAACACGUGAGCUGGGGUCGACCUUUUGACUUUUCCACCAUCGCCUCAGAGUACGACGAAUUUUGCGAGCCUGUCCGCAAAGUCAUCCAACUUGCUGCUCAGGGCGAGACACAGGAAUUUGCACUUUUCUCGGGGCCGCGACUGGAAAGCGUCGUCCACGAGGAGGCUAUUGCCUUGAUUGGAGACGCAUCUCACCCUCUAUCGGGUGCCUUUGGCGCUGGAGCCGGAUUUGCUUUGGAGGAUGUCUAUGCCUUGACGCAAAGCGUUGACUGGCACUGGAACAACGGUGGGGACUUGUCUGCAGCUCUAGAGUUGUAUGAUCAGAUCAGGUCACCCCAUUAUCGCGACUUGUACAAGGUGCUUGAUGAUUUUGGUGCGAUGAAUACUACACUGCUUUCGGAGAAUCUUCCUGUCAAUGAGGAGAUUGAAGAGCGAGUGCGAAGGGCAGCUGAGAGUAAGAGUACUUGGAUGUACCAUUACGAGAUAGAUAAAGCUGUCGAAAAGUUGCUUGGGGCUGCCAAUCAGCACGGACAAGUCGCAGCUGUGCUAUGA